AUGGGCGCAGACGAGCGCCCAGCGGGCGGGGGAGGCGCGCAGGACCCCGGCGCGGGCUGCGGGGCCCGAGUGCUGGGCGCGCUGUGCUUGCUGCUGUCGGUGGGCUCCGCCGCCGCCUGCCUGCUGCUGGGGGCCCAGGCGGCCGCACUGCACGAUCGAGUGGCGGCGCUAGAGCAGGAGCGCGAGAUGUUGCGACGUGCGGGGCCGUCUGGAGCCCUGACCGCCUGGGCCGAAACGCACCUGGAGCGCCUGCUGCGGGAGAAGUUGGAUGGAGUGGCCAAGCUGCGGACAGUUCGGGAAGCCCCCUCCGAGUGCAUCUGUCCCCCAGGUCCCCCUGGACGGCGUGGCAAGCCUGGACGAAGAGGCGACCCCGGUCCUCCCGGGCAAUCAGGACGAGAUGGCUACCCGGGACCUCUGGGUCUGGACGGCAAGCCAGGACUUCCGGGCCCCAAGGGGGAAAAGGGUGCACCAGGAGACUUCGGCCCGCGGGGAGCCCAAGGGCAAGAUGGAGCUGCAGGACCACCUGGGCCCCCUGGACCACCUGGGGCCCGGGGUCCUCCUGGUGACACUGGGAAAGAUGGCCCCAGAGGAGCUCAAGGCCCAGCGGGUCCCAAAGGAGAGCCUGGACAAGAUGGCGAGAUGGGCCCCAAGGGACCUCCAGGACCAAAGGGGGAUGAUGGAAUGCCCAGCCAGCCAGGACUCCCUGGACCCCCAGGACCCAAGGGUGAGCCAGGGGACGUGGGGCCCCAAGGAGAGAAUGGAGUGGAUGGUGCCCCAGGACUGAAGGGAGAGCCGGGCCACCCAGGCACAGACGGAACCACAGGGCCCCGGGGUCACCCAGGCCUCAAGGGAGAGCAAGGUGACACGGUGGUGAUCGACUACGACGGCAGGAUCUUAGAUGCCCUGAAGGGUCCUCCUGGGCCACAAGGAGCUCCGGGGCCACCAGGGAUCCCUGGACCCAAGGGUGAACUUGGAUUGCCUGGUGCCCCAGGAAUUGAUGGAGAGAAGGGUCCCAAAGGACCCAAAGGAGACCCAGGAGAGCCAGGGCCAGCUGGGCCCAAAGGUGAAACAGGCGAGAUGGGCCUGUCAGGCCUUCCGGGUGCUGAUGGUCCCAAGGGAGAGAAAGGAGAGUCAGGAUCCGACCACCUACAGGAGAGCCUGGCCCAGAUCAUAGUGGAGCCGGGGCCUCCUGGUCCUCCUGGCCCCCCUGGCCCUAUGGGCCUUCAGGGGAUUCAAGGUCCCAAGGGCCUGGAUGGAGCCAAGGGAGAGAAAGGUGCAUCGGGUGAGAGAGGCCCUCAUGGCCUGCCUGGACCAGUUGGCCCACCAGGCCUUAUUGGGUUACCAGGAACAAAAGGAGAGAAGGGCAGACCCGGAGAGCCAGGACUUGAUGGUUUCCCUGGACCCAGGGGAGAAAAGGGUGACCGGAGUGAACGUGGAGAGAAGGGAGAACGAGGGGUUCCUGGCCGGAAAGGAGUCAAGGGCCAGAAGGGAGAACCAGGCCCACCAGGCCUUGACCAGCCAUGCCCCGUGGGCCCUGACGGGCUGCCCGUGCCUGGCUGCUGGCAUAAGGUAUUUUCAGGAAAGGGUCUCGAGGGUGGGCCUGAAGGAUUUGGGAUGGAGAGUUAG